AUGUCUGAGGAUGAUUUAUUUGAAACUAUUGAUGGAGAAAUAUUCAAUAUGAACGCAAUUAUUAGAAGGUUGGAGAGUUUUUUGAAGUUUUUGGGCACUAGUAAGGAUAAUGAAGGUUUAAGGGCAAACAUCAAUAAAAAUCACCAAGACAUGAAAGGCCUUAUUGCACAAGUGACCGGCCAAUUGAAAAAAUUGAAAACCGAUUUUCACACACACAAUAAAUUGGUUCAGAUGCAAAUUGAGAAAAUUGAAGAGAUUUUUGUGGCCGCUUUGAAUAAAUAUGAUAAAUUACAACAGCAACUAGUUGAAAAACAGAAACAAUUCAUUCUUGUAAGAGUCGACCAAGAAAAUCCAACCUCUGACGACGACGAGCUCGAUUACAAUGCUCAAACAUUGCAAAAUAUCACAUUAGAGCACGAGAAAAUACUCAAAAGGCAAAAAGAAAUGGAGGAAUUGCAAACGAACAUCGUGGACAUCCACGAAAUUAUGAGCGAAUUGGGUGCCAUGCUGGAUGAGCAAAAAGAAGCAAUAGAUAAUGUAGAGAAAAAUAUAGGUGAAGCUGAUAUUAAUAUUGAAAAAGGUGCCCACGAAACUGAAAUAGCUUUAAUGCACCAAGCAAGUUCCACUAAAAAACGUCUAAUUAUUUUAUUAAUUGCUGUAUUAUUAAUUAUUUCAUUGUCUGUUUUAUUGUAUUUUAAGCUCAAAUAA